GGGCUCAUGUCAAUCAGCGGGCCCCUCAUGUGAUGGCUCUUGCCGGUGACGUGCAGCCAUAUGGGCGCUGGCAUCGCAGCCUUAUAGUUGGUAUCAAAAUGUUGACGAGGCUUUUCAACGACCCCUCGCUGCUCCCCGACGUGCAGAAAUAUUCCGGGUGGGCUGACGACAGCGACGACGACAAGAUCAAGGACGACGACGGUGACACGCGGGACAUGGACGCCUCCUCCGAUCUACGGGGCAGCAGCCGGACCCAAUCGGAGCACGCCGGCGAGGAUGACGACGAUGACGAGGAUGACGAUGGCGCCGAGGACGACGGCGACGACACGGAGGGCGAGCGGCCCAAGAAGCGGGGCCCCAAGAAGCGCAAAAUGACGCAGGCCCGCAUCGAGCGCUCCAAGAUGCGCCGCGUCAAGGCCAAUGCCCGCGAGCGCACGCGCAUGCACGACCUCAACUCAGCGCUGGACAACCUGCGUAAAGUGGUGCCCUGCUACUCCAAGACGCAGAAACUCUCCAAAAUCGAGACUCUGCGCCUCGCCAAGAACUACAUCUGGGCCCUUUCGGAGAUCCUGCGCUCGGGCAAGCGGCCGGACCUGGUGGCCUACGUGCAAACCCUGUGCAAGGGUCUUUCGCAGCCCACCACCAACCUGGUGGCCGGCUGCUUGCAGCUCAACUCGCGAAACUUCCUGACGGAGCAGCAGUGUCCCGAAGGGGGGCGCUACGGUUCGGGCUCCUUCUCCAUGCACUCGUACCCGUACCAGUGCGCUAGGUUGUCCAGCCCGCAUUGCCGCCAAGGUUCGAACUCGCACCCGCUGGGUUCGCACGGCUACUGCCCCGCAUACGACUCGACUUAUGGCGGCGGCGGCGGCGGAGGCGGCGGUGGUUCCCCGGAGUACAACAGCCCCGAGUACGAGGGGCCCAUCAGCCCGCCGCUCUGCGUCAACGGGAACUUUGCCCUCAAACACCAAGGCGCAGCGUCUCCCGACCACGACAAGGCGUACCACUACUCUAUGCACUACUCGGGUCUGCCAGGUUCCAGGCCCGGUGGCGGCGGCGCCCACAACUUGGUGUUCGGCUCUUCUGGGGCCCGCAGUGGCAUUCACUCGGAAAACGUCCUGCCUUACCACGACAUGCACUUGCACCACGAGCGCGCACCCGCCUACGACGAACUCAACGCCUUUUUCCACAACUAA